AUGGAGGGUCCGUUGAUUGUGCCCACAUUUGCCACGGGCAGCGUUUGCAGUUUGUUCACGGUGCCUGACGGGCAUCGUUCCGCUGUUGUUGCCAAUUCUGUCAUAGCGCAGUGCGUGGCUGCUGUGCUGGGUGGUGUGUGGGCACUGCCGUGCGUCACGCUGGAGGAUGGCCGUCCAGUCGCUGGCGCCAUGCACUUUGCCUGUCAGUUUCAUUUCCCGGCCGUUUCAUUUCACGGACGCAUCGCCACCCGCAUCGCCGCGCACCUGUUGGCCCAUGCUGUCGGGUUCAACUGCCCGCACUUGGCAGGCCGCAGCAUGGUGAGGCAUGUUGUCGGUGUGCGUGUCAGGGCGCUGUUGGUGGUGGUGCACUCGACGAAUGCCGCGAUGUCUGCGAGGGAGCACCACGACUGCGACGACAUUGAUGGCAUGGAACUGCAGGAUGGCGAUGGGGACGGGAGGACGCUGGAGUCGCACUGGUCGCGGCGCCACGCGAGCGAUGAGUGGAUUGCACCGAUUGGGGGUGCCGGCGACUGCACGGAGCUGACGCUGGCCGCAUCGGCUUACCUGGGCUGCUUUAUAGUGAACUGGUAG